AUGAGUUUAUUAAAAAUCAAACGUGAACGCUCCACAAAUUUUAUUGACGGUGAACCGCAACUUCUUGUCGACCUGGUGGCUAGUCAAAAACAUAUUUUGGAAAACAAAAAAACAGAUGCCGUAACAGCCAACCUAAAGAAUAAAACUUGGGAAGCAUUAGCAAAUAAAUUUAAUUGCAAAAGCCUAAAUGGAUAUCGAGGAGGACCUCCAAUUCCAUUAAAAGCACUCAGCAAAUUGUCCCCUAUGGAAGAACAACUAAGAUCUUUGAACCCUCUAGCUUUUAGUGGUAAAGUGUCAGCAUUUGACAGUGACAGAAUUGAAGAUCAAAAUACAUACAGUCAUGAAAUGCUUGUACAGGAUUAUGAGAAAACUGACAGUAAUGUAAGUAAUUAA